UAUGCUACAUGAUUCAUGAGGAUAUGCUUCCAAAAAGAAAAGAAAAGAAUCUUACACUUCUGAUCCUUUCCCCAGAAAAGGAAAUCGUCCCAUAAAGGGUUAAACAGCAUCGAUUACAUGCAGACAGAGAUAUACCUCAACUAUGAUCCCAGACGCCUCAUACCCGCCCGCGCUAACCGAAUGAAGCGCGUCAGUCUAGGCGUUUUCUUGUUGCUUUCCCACUAUGUCUGGAGUAGAGACGGCCUUUACAUUUCGUGUCAUGAUAUUUACGACGGUGUCUGCUUCUUCGGGUCAUGUUUAUCAUUCUUAGAUAUGUAUAGUGUUGGUCUCCUUUCCUUAAUUUGUUCCAGUUCAGGGAAGUCCUGAACCGAAACCGAAACCGAAAUAUUCAGUUCAGAACUCCCUGAAAAUAACCCAUACCGCCCGUCUAACCGUCCAACCUAAGUAAGAUAUCGAGCUAUUA